GAUACCCCAGAGCGAGACCAAUGGUCAUGUGACUAUGAUAAUACUACAGGGAAAACUCCUCCUGUUCCAGAAGUCAUCUAGCUAAGGUACUGGUCACACAGGAGCUAUUUCACAAUCACCAUGCAGGCCAAAAGUGUUACAAGAUCAGCAGAACAAGCCUCACUGAAAAAAGAGGUGAAACGCACUUUGAUGGAACUAGCAGAUGAGUUGGACGAACAGCAAAGGGACAUCCGUAUCGCCAAGACAAGUUUUGCAUCAGCUGGAGUUGCAUCUGCUGGGGCUGUUAUUGGUGGGUUAGUACUGGCUCCAUUUACUGCAGGAGUAUCCCUCAUUGCCACCGCGGGUGGUCUUGCUGGUGGCGCUCUCAGUGGAGCAGGGACUUUAGCCACAAACAAAGCCGAGAGGAUCAUCAACAGUAAGAAACUGAAAGCUGCCCAAAAAGCAAUUGGAAGGAUCAACGAAUCUUACUCCCACUGCACGAGCGUUGAAGGGGAAACAGGUGGUAACCGUGCUGCUGCUACUGGUAUAACCACAAUGCUUGGUCUUCUUCCGCCUGUCCUCAUAGGUCUAAACAUUGCAGAGAUUGUAUCCAACAGCAUCAAGAUUGACAAGAAAUCCCCAUCAGAAGUUGCAGAACAGAUAAGGGCAAUCGCUCGUAUGCUCGAUUAAGAAAUAAAGCAGAUGUUCAAUGUCCAAAAGUGACUUGCUCUUUUGCUAUUUGUUCUCUAGAGAACAUGAUGAAUAAUAUACUGCAGUAUGUUGUUUGUUGAUAAUAAACAACACCAGCAACAGUGGUCACACAUAUUUUAACUGAUGACGUUUCAGUUGCUUCUUCUCAUGGUGUCAAGGUUUCUAGUAUUAGCAUAAUUAGUCUAUUAUUAUCAUUAAAUCCCUUUUAAGCAUCUUCAUAAUUGUAAGUCAGUUUGUCAAAACCUGUAAACUGCAAAAAACCCAAAAAAAACCAACAACACAGAAAUAUUUAGGUACUGUGGCAUAUGUUCAUAUUCAGUAUCAAAAUAUAUUUUAAAACUUUUUCUAAGUGUGAAUAGAUGAUUUGUUUGGUUUGCUGUGGAAAUAUAUAUAACCAGGGAGAAUAGAAGACGCUGUAGAUUAUCCCUGAUAUAGCCUAAGGAACAUCAAGCGUUAGCGAUGUAUAUAUUGUACCACGAUUGAAGAGUACUGGGGUUUUGUCAGCGCUAAAAGAACAAUUCUUCAUACAUAAUUCUUUUCUAUUUGAAAAUGUAAUUUGAUAUAAAACUUCCAAAAGUUAUAAAAUCCACAAAAUGUGUAACUAUUGACGGUUAUUGUAUUUUAUAGAUCUAUCUUUCAAAAUUAACAAAUUUGCUUUUGACUGCAGCCAUAUUUGUUUCUUUAAGUUGAAUUGUGUUAUAGUUUUAGAAUUUAGUUAUGUUGUUGUUUGUUUUUGUUUUAGUUGAUUCCUUGAGCCUUUGAUGUAGUUGAAGUAAUUUUGUCCUACUUGAGUUAAUAGAGGUUGUUGACGAGAAGUGUCAGUCCAAAUUUAUUUUGAAGUGCUAUUUUUUAAUAUAUGUAAAAAUGUAUGGCUCUAGUUUUGUGCCAUUUGUGGAGGAAGAAGUUUUCCGUGUCAUCCAUAUAGAAACUUAAAGUUUUUUAUUUUCUGAACAUUAUUUUCAUAGUCUUAAUAUUAAGUAUAACACAUUUCAGGAAAUUUCAUAUAUAUGUACCUUUAUCUACGUGAACAUUAUCUGAUUCAUGACGUGUCUGAACCGUGAAGAUCCGAGUCAGAAUUGGUCUUCUGCUUGUAAGAGGAAGCUAACGGGAUCACGUGGUCAGGCUCGCUGACUCGGUAAAACAUGUUAUCGUAUCCCAAUUACGUAGAUCGAUGCUCAUGAUGUCAAUCACUGUAUUAUCUAUUCCUAUUACGUGCAUCUAUAUGUGUAUAGCUACAACAUUGCUGAGAACAGAGUUAAACCUCUGUAUGCAUAAACAGUUGAUAUUAUACUGUAACUUAAAGCACAUUAUUAUUUUGUUAAUAAAAGAUGUUUCAGUAUGCUGUGCAAGUGCUUAAUGCAUGGUCCUUUAUUGUAAAUUCACAAUAAACGUUAUAUGCUUGUGAUCA